GCCCUACUCUCUCUGUGUCUCUCACUCUAGCUGUAACCAUCGCGGACCCGUCGCCACCCACCGCCUCUACAAUCCACCACCGUCUCCGCCGAGCGCCACCGUCUCUCUCUCUUGCGAGUCUGAGACUAUGUGCUAUAUGAUCAUUGGUUUGGCUUCACAAUAUGUCACAAAAUAAUCAUCAAGGAAAAUCACCUAACUGUAUGCUCUGUUAAUCUUUGUUCUACGUUGCAAAAUACCCGUUUUAAAGUUUAUCUGGUUACAUGGAGAGAGGAGAGAGCAUAUUAGAUGCGAUAUUCGAUGAGGAUAACUUGGAAGACGUCCAAGAUGUUGAGAUGAUGGAUAUAGAAGAAGGAGAGUUAGUGGAGCAGGAUUCACAGACUGAAUCACGACAAACCAUUGGUGGUGAUGUUAAUGCAAUAAACCAAGAACCUAGAGUUAAGAAUCACAAACCUAAGAGUAAGAAGAAGAAGAACAAAAAAAAGAAAGGCAAUUCAGGGCCAAAUGUGACAGAUAUUAACAGGUUUGUUUUAGAUGUUUGUAAACACUUGCGAGAGAGAAAAACGUAUCUGGUGUACAAUGCUGUUGGUUGCCUGGGUGUAUCUGCUUUGAGUGAUCUCGUCAAAGAGGUGGAUGCAAUUCAAGCUUGUGGAGGUCAGAAAACUGCGGAUGGAAAACGCUUUAGAUAUGGUGGUGGCAUACUAUGGAGUGUCCUGAAAGCACGAGACCCAAAUGCCUAUAGAGAGAUAAUGAAGAAGGGGAGGGAGUUUGAGAAGCAAUUCAGGCAACAAAACAUCUGUCAAGGCCAAGUACAGAACAAGAAAGAUGCUUCUGAAAGGAUGGAUAAUGCAUGCCUGGAUCAGAUGACAGCCAGCACUUCAGAUGGGUCACAACUAGUAGAACCUCAUGUGCAAAACCAACUUGAGCAGUCCGAUGCUGAGAGGAAACGUGCAUCUGUUCAUGAUAGAAUGAGGGUACCUGUUACUUACGACGAUUUGAUUGGAGAGGAGGAUCCAAACGACAAAUCAACCUGAUCUGGGAAGAACUGCAUGUUUCUGCGGUUCGAACAGUUUUGUGAAUUUUUGGUUCUCCAAUUUAAAUUCCUUUCCAGCAUUCUCUUUCUCAGCUACCAAGGUAAUAGAAGACAUAUUUUGCCUAUUCUACAAGAAAGGAGGUGCUUGUGUUUGGAACUUUGGAUUAGUGAAAGGAUUUGAGGAGAGAAAAGAAAAAUGAAGGGAAAAGUGAAUGAAGUAGAAUUUUUUUUUUCCUUCACUUUUUCCAUCAACAAAUCUCUACAUAAAUCUAUUCUCCAAACAAAGCAUAAAGGGUAGGGGGAAGAAAAUAAAUGAAAUGAAAAAUCAGAAAGAAAAGGAGAAACUGGUUUUUGUUAGUUAGUACAUAUAUGGUUGGUUCUUAUUUAAGAAUCCCAUCGAAUUGAAUUGAGGCUUUUUGUUUUUUUCAUUGUUUCUGGGUCUGAGAAAUUGAGGCUUUGGGUUACUCUUGAUUUUGUGGAUGUGUCUGUCAUGUAUGUCCUGAUUGAUGAGAGGAAUUGGAGAAUUUUGAGAAAUGAAUUCAUACAAUUAAAUAGAAAUGUCAAAUUAUAUUAUAUUGUCAAUGUUGAGCUGGCAAGUUUGGCACUUUGUAAUGGUGGCAAGUGUGGCAUUAAAUUUUGCUACACUAAAUUAUGUAUUUUAUUUGAUAUAAUUUUGAAUUAAACUAAUGUUGAAAAAUAGCGAAUGCGCUAGCAUUGAUACAA